CUGUGACGUCAUCAAGUAGCGCCGCGUUGUUGACGGUUCAGCAUCAGGAUGAGAAGAAAAGUGACCGAAGAGUUGAAGUAACGAAGCGGCUGAAGACGGCUCCUGGUCGGCCAUCGUGUUGAGGCUCCACAGAAUGAGCGGUGAUGAAGAGACCCAAGCUGGCCGGAGUGUUCCUGCUGCUGGCCGUCCUGCUGGCCUACCUAAUGUUUGUGAAGAAUCACUACUCCAGACCCGACCGCUUCCCUCCUCCCCCGCCCCGCAGAAAGUCGGACCGCCGCCGCUGGGCGGAGCUUCCGUACGGCGUCAUGUUCGAUGCCGGCAGCACCGGGACCAGAGUCCACAUCUUCAGGUUCCAGAUGGAGAGCAAAGAAGCUCCCAGGCUGGACCACGAGACCUUCAGAGCCAUAAAACCCGGACUGUCUGCCUAUGCCGACGAUCCACACAAGUGUUCUGAUGGGAUCCUGCAGCUGCUCCAGGUUGCCAUGUCCAGUGUCCCUCCUUCAUCCUGGACCUCCACCCCGCUGGUCCUGAAGGCCACGGCCGGCCUCAGACUGCUGCCUGGAGAGAAGGCUCAGCACCUGCUGGACACCGUGAGGGCGUUGUUCCUGGAGUCACCUUUUUUGUCCAGAGUGGACAGCGUUUCCAUCAUGGACGGAACCGAUGAAGGGAUUUCUGCUUGGAUCACCGUCAACUUCCUGACAGGUGGUCUCCAUGGCGACGGCUCCACGGUGGGGAUGUUGGAUCUGGGAGGCGGCUCGACCCAGAUCACCUUCAGCCCUCAGGAUGAGAAAACCAUCCAGACCUCACCCAUCGACUACAUCAGGUCCUUCCAGAUGUUCAACAACACACACACUGUCUACACACACAGCUAUCUGGGUCUGGGUCUGAUGUCGGCUCGGCUCGCCGUCCUAGGAGGCGUGGACGCUCCACCCCUAGGGGGCAGCACUGAGCUGGUCAGUCCUUGUCUUCCUGCGGACUUCUCUGGCAGCUGGGAACAUGCUGACAUCACCUACACUGUGAAGGGACAGAAAGCAGGGGAGCCGGUUUACGAGGCGUGCCUCAAUAAAGUGGAGAAGGUUCUGUACAGGAAGGUGAUGAAGGCGGCGGAGGCGGCGGAGGUGGAGUUCUACGCGUUUUCGUAUUACUAUGACCGAGCGGUGGACCUGGAUGUCAUUGACGAGCAGCAGGGAGGAACCAUCAGCGUGUCCCAGUACACGGAUGCUGCUAAACGAGUUUGCAGCAGUUCUUCAUCCGUUGGGCCUCUGCAGAGUCCGUUCCUCUGUCUGGACCUGGUCUACAUCUCAGUCCUGCUGCAGGAGCUCGGCUUCCCCCCCAGCAAGCAGUUCAAGCUGGCCAGAACCAUCAACCAGGUGGAGACCAGCUGGGCUUUAGGAGCAACGUUCCACUACAUGGAGUCCCUGAAGAUCCUCUGAGACUUUAUGGAGAUGUGAAGAACCAGGAGAACCAGGGAGGACGAAAUGUUGUUCUGGAACACGUGACCUCAUGGAAACACUCCAGUCAUGUUCUGUCAGUUUAAACUUGGUACUGAAUCUGUGUUUUUAUGCAGGUUGUUACUCAUCUGUUCUGGUUUAUUCUUAACCCAGAUUAAUACCGAAGGUUCUGAUGAGUCCGAUAUUAAUGUUUAUCAAACAUCCACAUCUCCGUUUACGUGGAACAUCUCCAUUACUGAAUGAAACUAGAGCAGAUAAAGAAGCUAACUGUGCAGCUAACAGUCCAUGCUAACACCGUGAAGGGACUUCAGUAAAAGAACAAUCCGUUUGUUGGGAACUGUUCUCAUGUUUUAGUUCAGAUGUUCUGUCUGGACUUGGAGGUUUGGUCUUUUGUAGAACCUCUGGUGUUCUGUGUGACUCUGAUUGUUUUCUGAAGGAGUCUUGUUUCUUUGUGCCAAAUCUAGAGAAGCGGUCAAUUGGCAGCAUCUCAGCCGAAACUAUGAAGAUUUUAUAAAACUCAGCGACUCCGCAUUUCCUAUAAAACUGCAGAACUUUAACUGAUUUUUAGAGAAUUCUGAGGAAAGUUUUGAGGGAAUUGGCUGUAAAUGAAAGUUUUUCUAAUGUCUGCAAUAAACACAUGCAUGUUUCUGCAUAAA